AUGAUUAAGAAGAUAAAAGCACGUUCGAUUUCAAAUACCCGAAGUGCUCGAACUCGUUAUGAUCCGCGCUUGUUUCGAGAUCCAGAAACGGAUAUUAAGCAGGCUCAUGAACCUCUGGAUGAGAAUGAUGAACGGAACUUUUUGUUUCUGAAAGCGAUGAAGAGCGAUGAGACGCCAGUGUUUUACAGAGAUCACACAGUAGACAAGUUGAUACGGGUGUUCAUGAAAAGCGGUGCGAAGGAAACGGCUAAGAAACAUGUCUAUGCAGCUCUAGAGAUCAUCAAAAGUCGACAAUAUAAAGCAUGGCGGCAAGCUGAUGAGAGCGAGAAGUGCAACAUUGAGUUGGAUCCUUUUGUUAUUGCUAGAAGAGCCAUAGAAAAUUGUCAUCCUCUUAUGAAAUUGCAAGGAGUUACAAGAGGUUCAGUUCUUAAACAAUUCCAUGGUCUUUUCUUGAAGCAUGAGUUUUUACAUAUGCUUACAUACACUACAGGUGGUACAACGUAUCAAGUUCCGUUUCCCAUUGAAAAAGCUGAAGCAGAAUUUCGUGCGAUGAAGAUGAUGCGCGACAUAUGUCGACAAAAGGCUGCGCAUGGAGAAACGCAUUUAAAGGACAUCCUAGCCAACGAAUUGUUGUUAGCCAGUCAGAACGAAGGACUUACGAUACAAGCAAAACAAGAACUACAUAAAACUUGCGAAGCAAAUAGAGCUUAUGCUCAUUAUAGGUCCUAG